AUGUUCACGCCGCGCGGCGAGAAAUACGACCUCUCCAUCAUCCCUGACCUCUCUGGCAAGGUCGCCCUUGUAACUGGAGCGAACUCCCCUGGAAGCAUCGGCUACCAGGUCGCCCAGCAUCUCGCACGGAAGGGCGCCAAGGUUUAUAUCGGCGCCCGCUCUGAGGCUAAGGCGAACUCUGCCAUCGAAACGCUGUUGAAGACGAAUCCGUCGCUCAAGCCCGAGCAAUUGGGUUCCUUUGUGGCGGACUUGGGCGACCUGAAACAGGUCGAGCGCGCGGCCGAUGCGCUUCUUGACAAGGAGAGUCGAUUGGAUAUAUUGGUCAACAACGCUGCUUUACUCGCGCGGCCGCUGGACAAGAACGAGUACGACUUGUCCGUGUCAAUGACGACCAAUCACCUCGCCCCCUUCCUCCUCACUACUAAGCUUUUGCCGCUGUUCGAGAAGACUUCCCAGCAAGGGUCCGACGCUCCUCGUGCUGUCUUUGUAUCAGCGGCGUCAAUCAAGUGGCUCCCACCUACCGUACGCUUCCGCUCGGUCGAUGACCUGAAUGCGGAUAUGGGCAGCCCCGAUGGGUUCUUUGCCAACUUCCAGCGCUAUUCCCUCAGCAAGCUCGCAAACGCCCUGACUGCAAAAGAGCUACAGCGCCGUGCGCCUUACCUGGUCUCCCUCGCCGUGCCUCCCGGCGAGAUUGUGACCGAUGGCACGCGCCCGAUGCUCGAGGCGUCCGGUGGAGCUCCUGCGCAGGUCCUAUCCGUCGAAGAGGGCGCGCUGGCGCCGGUGUGGGCUGCCGCGGCACCGGAAGCGGCCAAUCUCAAUGGUGCCUUUAUCAUGCCUUUCAAGGAAGUUGCGCCUGAGGACGGUCUGUUGAAGAACGAGGAGCUGGCGAAGGAGUUGUGGGAGACGAGCGAGGCGGUGAUCAAGGAUGUCCUGGCCAAGGCGUAA